ACUCUGGUGUGUGCAGGAAUAUGGCAACAACUGACUCAGACUAUGACCAAACCAUAGAAAGUUAUGACUAUGACAAUGGAACCGUGGAUCAAAUGUGCAACAUAUCAAGCAUCAUUCAGUUUGGAGAAACCUUAACUCCAGUGGUCCUCUCUAUUGUGGUCAUCCUCAGUCUGUUCGGCAACAUCCUGGUCAUCGUGAUCCUGGCCAAGUAUGAGAAUCUCAAAGCCCUCACCAACGCUCUGAUCCUGAACCUGGCCAUAUCGGAUCUCUUCUUCACCGCAGCAGUGGGAUCCUCCUCAUCCUGAUGACUGCUCACCGUUAUGUAGCCGUCAUGAACCCUCUGUCUGGCAUUGUCUCCACUGCAGGCUCCUACAGUCUUAUAGCGUGUGUGAUUAUCUGGGCAGUGAGUAUAUUGAUUGCCAGUCCGUCCUUCUUCUUCACCAAAGCCGAACAGAAUCACUGUGUGUGUGCGAAUUCUUUUUGGUGCUUAUGGGGAAUCUACCAGCAAAAUGUUCUCUUCGUCUUGAGUUCA